AUGGACGCACCACGCUCAGAAGAAGAAGAACUGGAGUCGUCACACCAGUCGUAUUCCGAACGUGUCUUAGCAUCUGCACUCAACGCUGGAAGCACAACGGAUGCACCACGCUCAGAAGGAGAACUGCGGUUGCGUUUCCGGGAUCUGACAUGGCCGCCCAAGCACGUCGCGAUCCAUUCUCACUCACGCAAGCAUAGGCCCGUUCGGGCCACGCUUUUCACGGUCCUCGGUGAGCAGCCGCUGAUAACGGAUCUGGGCAUACUCGAGAGAUUCCCCCACGAGAUCAGGUUCAAUAUUGCCCGGAGCUUUGACCUUAAAACUGCGCUCAAAUUCAGUCACGCGAAUCGCGCAGCGCGAGAUCUAAUCAACGGCUGCAACGAAUACCGCCUAGUUGCCCAAGUCGCCCUGGAGUUCGUGUGGGCAUUAAUGCGGACGGACUUGGCCCAAUGCACCACGGCCAUUGUGCUUCGUUCCGCGCUGGGCAGACAAGAAUGUGUAUCCUGCGGUGGAUUCGGAGGACUCGUGUUCCUACCCACCAUGGAAAGAGUUUGCUUGACUUGUUUGCGAACACAAUCGCUAUUCAAGGUUUAUCAUUUUGAGACGGUCCACGAGUGGUUAUCCGACAGAGGAGUAAAAAUUCCGGAGGAAGGAGUCUUUGGCACCUUCUUUUGUCCCCCAGGAUUCCAUGACGACUUCCGAGUGCCGAAAAAGUCCCGGACAGAGUUUGCCGAGGCCAACGGGUUGAGGGGCUUCGAUGAACUGGACGACGAGAGCAUCAACGAGGAUUUCGAGCCUGAGGAUCUGGAGCCCCUCGAUGGAGCUGGGGAUGAGGAGUUGUCAAUACCGGCAGUAGAGCUCGAAUUCGCGGAUGCAAAUCAAGAGAUGACAACCCAUCUUCACCUUGAAGACGUCGACCAUGCUGAACCGGAGCCGGCGGUAGAGCGGCUUCUAGCGUCGUGCAUACUCCCGUGCUACGAUCCCACGACGGAAGUGGCAGUCCGCGGCCGUACCUGUAAAGGUUGUUGGCUAGCCUAUGAAAAUAACAAGACGGUUGCAAAAUUUCUUGCUCGGGAUCGUGUCUAUUUGAUUGAUGGAUUUUGGACGCAUGCCCAAACGUGCCGUGAGACGCAGAUGUUGCUGGACUCUUGUGAAGGUAUGGCAGAGGACGAGGGCCUCACGAGUGAAGAAGAGUCGGAGGAUGAGCUGUCAACCCUCGGAGAAGUGAUCGAAGAGAAACGUUUUUCGGACUCUGAGUACGUAACCGCCGAAGAGCGGUGA